AUGGAGUUGGAACGCGUCGAGGCGGUGAUGCGCCGCGUAAGCAUCAAUCAUGAGGCGGAGCCUCUCGCCGGAAAGGUCGUCAGCAUCAUCGUCGCCAUGAUAUCGGCCUGUCUGCUUGCUAGUCUUUUUGUGAUGAGAUGGACAUCAGUGAAGGACUGGAAGGCAUUACCGUGGACGAUGUGGCGUAAGGAGCCCUCGCGAUCAUACGCCUUUGUCCAUGAGUUCAUCUACCUCUCCAUGGUUGAUAGGGCACACAUCAUUAGACAAACCAGAAAAAGGCGCUUAAAGUCGAAACUCUAUCUUUUCAACUCAUUCGGCAUGUUGGGCGUGUUCGUCCUGGUUGUUAUCAUGAACUUUAUAUUCCGAAUUACUCAUUUCGAGAAUGGCAUCUGCAUUAUUGGGAUGGAACAGCCAGUAUUGCUGCCACUUAUCUCUUUCGACGCAGCUGUGAACGUUUAUCUCACAAUCUUGUUUUUACUUCCUUUACUGAGUCUACACUCCGUGAAAUACAAUUUCUGGAAGCCAUGGACAUUGGACUGGCGUAAUCGUCGUAUCCCCAGAGCUCCACCCAAUGUUCGGCUACGAAAACUCGUGAUACGCACUUUCAUUGGUUCUUGCUGCACUCUUGUUAGUAGUGUGACAAAUCUGAGUGAUCUCAUGGCUUUGAAUGGGGAAGUGGCAUGGCUGUGCUUGCUAUGCUGCAACACCGAUAUAUUUUUCUCGGCCCUAGUGAUCAACUGGAUUACGUCACCCAGCCAGGAGUCGACCUUACGAACCCUAACACGACCAUCGCGCGGCAUAUCCACACUAAGGGAUGAUGCCGUUACUAUCCCGCUUGAUCCCGACGGCAACAGCACGAGCACGAGAAAGAGUUGGGAGCAGAGGCGAUCAAAAACGCCGACAACAAUCGGCCUCGAAACAGCAGAAGCACUUGAUGACGCCGAUACAGAACUAGGCGAGCGCUGCGUGCGAGACGACGACGAAGCUGACGCAGAUCAGACAUUCGAGAGGGAAGGGAGGCGCCUGGAAGAUGACGACGAUAUUGAGAUAAGUGCCGCCGAAUUACGAGGUGCCCAGGCAUGA